CUAAGGGCACAAAGCAGAGAGACAACAGCAGGAGCCACCGGUCAAAACAAAGAGGAAAGCCAACGACACUGAUCUUCAAGGGGCUUUUUCAUUUCAUUUGGCUGACUGAGCACUUGCUCCCUGCGGGGCUCUUUUUGUUUGUUUUCUCACAUUUUUUCAGCAAUCCAAAGUAGCUCUCAUCAUGAGAUGCUGCGCUUUAGCUGUGUGUUUAGUUUUGGGGAUAAGCAUCCAGGACGGAUGGAGCAUUCCCCUCAGGACCGUCAGCGUCACCUUCCCAGGAGACAUCCUCAAAAACAUGACUGAUUCGGAUUUGGCAGAAACUUAUCUGAAGAGGUUUGGCUACUUGGACAGCUUGCAACGCAGUGGCUUCCAGUCGAUGGUGUCCACCUCCAAGGCUCUGAAGAGGAUGCAGAGGCAGAUGGGGCUGGAAGAGACUGGAGAGCUGGAUAAGUCCACCAAGGAGGCCAUGAAGCGGCCUCGCUGUGGGGUUCCCGAUGUGGCCAACUACCAAACCUUUGAUGGAGAACUCAAAUGGGACCACAAGGACGUCACUUAUAGGAUCCUUAAUUAUUCUCCAGACAUGGAGAGCUCCCUGAUUGAUGAUGCCUUUUACAGAGCCUUCAAGGUGUGGAGUGAUGUGACCCCUCUAACUUUUACACGCCUCCUUGACGGAACAGCUGACAUCAUGAUCUCAUUCGGUAGAGCAGACCAUGGAGACCCAUACCCAUUCGAUGGUAAGGAUGGCCUUCUGGCUCAUGCUUAUCCCCCUGGUGAGGGGAUCCAGGGAGACGCUCACUUUGACGAUGAUGAGAACUGGACCCUGGGUAAAGGACCAGCUGUGAAGACGCGCUACGGGAAUGCGGAUGGUGCCAUGUGCCACUUCCCAUACACUUUCGAGGGCAAGUCCUACACCACCUGCACCACUGAUGGCCGCUCAGACAACCUGCCAUGGUGCGCCACUACAGCUGAUUUCAGCAGAGACCAAAAAUAUGGCUUCUGCCCAAGUGAACUUCUCUACACAAUUGGAGGAAACGCAGGCGGAGCUGAGUGUGUCUUCCCCUUCAUCUUCCUGGACCAGGAGUUUGACAAAUGUACCACAGAGGGCCGCAGUGAUGGUUACCGCUGGUGUGCCACCACAGGCAACUUUGACAAAGACCAGACGUAUGGAUUCUGUCCCAGUCGAGACACCGCUGUAAUCGGUGGCAAUUCAGAGGGAGAGCCCUGCCACUUCCCCUUUGUGUUCCUGGGAAAAGAGUAUGACUCCUGCACCAGUGAGGGACGAGGAGAUGGCAAGUUGUGGUGCAGUACCACUGACAACUAUGACGAUGACACGAAAUGGGGUUUUUGUCCUGACCAGGGUUACAGUCUGUUCCUGGUGGCAGCCCAUGAGUUUGGUCACGCUCUCGGCCUGGAUCACUCCAACAUUAGAGAGGCUCUCAUGUACCCCAUGUACAGCUAUGUGGAAGACUUCUCCCUGAACAAAGAUGACAUUGAAGGCAUUCAGUAUCUCUAUGGAAGCGGAACAGGCCCGGAUCCCACCCCUCCUCAGCCCAACUCCCCCACCACCACCCCCUACCCAGAACCUGAAACGACUGGACCCACCACCACACCUCAACCUGUCGAUCCAACCAGAGACGCUUGCAAGUUGCCCAAAUUUGACACCAUCACUACAAUUGAGGAAGAACUUCACUUUUUUGAGAACGGAAAUUACUGGAAGAUGCCCAGCAGGGGUGAUGGAGCAGUCAAGGGACCGUUUUCUCUUUCGAAGAAGUGGCCAGCUCUGCCAGCGGUCAUUGACUCUGCUUUCGAGGACCUUCUGACCAAGAAGAUGUACUUCUUCUCAGGGAACAGAUUCUGGGUGUACACAGGGCAGAGUGUUCUGGGGCCCCGCAGCAUUGAGAAGCUCGGCCUCCCCGCCAGCAUUCAGAAGGUGGAGGGAGCUCUGCAGAGAGGGAAGGGCAAAGUGCUGCUCUUCAGUGGGGAGAACUUCUGGAGGCUUGACGUGAAGGCCCAGAAAAUCGACAAUGGGUACCCCAAGUACACAGAUGUCGUCUUCGGUGGCGUCCCCAAUGACGCUCAUGAUGUAUUCCAGUACAAUGGUCACCUCUACUUUUGCCGGGACCGCUUCUACUGGCGUAUGAACUCCCGCAGACAGGUGGACCGUGUUGGCUACGUGAAAUAUGACCUCCUCAAGUGCUCUGAUUCUGCAGGCUACCAGUACUGAGCAGAUGAACCCACAGGAAUGAGCUCAAAAUUGGGUCAUCAGGGAGAAUGUGAUGCAGUAUUUGUGUGUAGUGCCUGUUGUAUGAUGCAUGUGCUUUCUGGGAUGUAAAUAAUUGACCAUCAUUGCUGUUGGUACUAAAACAUACAGCACCGGCCCAACAAUCAGUCAAAGGCCCAAUACAGGAAAGCAAAUUGUGAUCUUUGACACUGACUUGCCCUCAGUCAGAUUAUCUGUGAACUCAUAAUGUUAUGGUAGCCUAAAGUCUGAGACCAAUAACCACAACUUAACUAUUCUCAAAAGCUGUUUGGAUCCGAUUCCAAACAAUUUCUUUAUGUCUGACGGGUUCAGACUCUCAACAGUAUUAGAUUAUUUUGGUAUUUAUAGUAAUAUCUUUUAUUUUUGUGUCCUAAAGCUUAUUUGUUUUGUGUAAUUCUAUUUGUGUUUUUCUCAAGAUGGCUUCAGAGCCAAUUAAUUGCACUGGAAGACAAUGCAUGUCUCCUUCACUGAAAUUAUUUAUGUAACUGAUGUGUUUUGUAUUACAAGUUUUAACUUUAAAUGCAAUAAACAUUUCUUGGAAACUUCCUAUAA